AUGGAAAUAACAACUGUACCAUCACAAUCAGAAUUAGCAGUGAUAUCGACGAGUACCUCUCUAUCGGACUCACAUUCAACGCCAUUGUUACCUUCUAACACAAAGUCACUGGUAUUACGACAUCGUAAUCUAUCACAUGAAUGGCCUCAAUUGCCUCAAAAAUCUCCACGAAGUUGGUCAUCAUCGCUUCGUGAAACAUUACCGUCAUUUAUAACAGCACUUAUUAUUGCUUUGACGCUGUGGUCAUCUAAAGCACAUGGUCGUUUUUUCAAUACGUAUGAUGGCGACGGACCAAGAUCAAUGCAGCUGCAUAGUGUACCCGAACUUUGGUACUUUAUGGUACCCUAA